GCGUACCUUCUGGCCCUUGUAACUCGAGUAUCAAGAUGGCGGCCCCCAGAAGCUUGGCUCUAUGGAACUAUUGCGGUCGUAGGUGGUCGCGGGCGAUGCGGGGCUGUCAGCUCCUCGGGCUUCGUAGCUCUUGGCCUGGGGCCCCACUAAGUGCGCGGCUCUUGUCCCAAGAGAAGCGGGCAACGGAAACGCACUUCGGGUUUGAGACUGUGUCGGAAGAGGAGAAGGGGGGCAAAGUCUAUCAGGUGUUUGAAAGUGUGGCUAAGAAGUAUGAUGUGAUGAAUGAUAUGAUGAGUCUUGGUAUCCAUCGUCUUUGGAAGGAUUUGCUGCUCUGGAAGAUGCAUCCGCUUCCUGGGACCCAGCUGCUUGAUGUUGCUGGAGGCACAGGUGACAUUGCAUUCCGGUUCCUAAAUUAUGUUCAGUCCCAGCAUCAGAGAAAACAGAAAAGGCAGUUAAGGGCCCAACAAAGUUUAUCCUGGGAAGAAAUUGCCAAAGAGUACCAGAAUGAAGAAGAUUCCUUGGGCGGGUCUCAUGUCAUGGUGUGUGACAUCAACAAGGAGAUGCUAAAGGUUGGAAAGCAGAAAGCCUUGGCUCAAGGAUACAGAGCUGGACUUGCAUGGGUAUUAGGAGAUGCUGAAGAACUGCCCUUUGAUGAUGACAAGUUUGAUAUUUACACCAUUGCCUUUGGGAUUCGGAAUGUCACACACAUUGAUCAGGCACUCCAGGAAGCCCAUCGGGUGCUGAAACCAGGAGGACGGUUUCUGUGUCUGGAAUUUAGCCAAGUGAACAAUCCCCUCAUAUCCAGGCUUUAUGAUCUAUAUAGCUUCCAGGUCAUCCCUGUCCUGGGAGAGGUCAUUGCUGGAGACUGGAAGUCCUAUCAAUACCUUGUAGAGAGUAUCCGAAGGUUCCCGUCUCAGGAAGAGUUCAAGGAGAUGAUAGAAGAUGCAGGCUUUCACAAGGUCACUUAUGAAAGUCUAACAUCUGGCAUUGUGGCCAUUCAUUCUGCCUUCAAACUUUAAUUCCUUUCCUAUCAUGGAGCAUGAACCAAUCACACCCUGUUGAAAGCCUGGAACUGAAGGAUAUUCUGGCAAAUGAGACAACAGCAGAGCAUCUCCUCUUGAGGAUACAUACCUUGGACUCAUGUUUGAAUCGAACACUCUCCAAGUAGAACAAAUUCCUGUCACUUUUUUAUAGCUUUCUUUGGAGUUGCUUCAGUCCAUCUCCCAGAGGCAUUUGGUCUGUAUUUUUGCUCAACCGCUAAUUUCUCUUGGCUAUAGAGGGUGUGGUUAAGGUACAACCAGCACUAAGGCUCAGUUUUUUUGUUGUUGUUUUUUGUUUUUUUUUUUUUUGAGACGGAGU